AUGUCUGCACUUAUAAGAAGCAUUGCUGAUAUCACUGACCUUUUCAAUCAAUAUGCCUCACAUACUUGUGAGGGAGCAUCACUAAGCAAGAAAGACCUGAAGAACCUCCUUGAAAGGGAACUUGGAGAUGUCCUUCAGAGACCACAUGACCCUGAGACGGUAAACCUGACCCUAGAACUUCUGGAUCGCGACUGCAAUGGGAGUGUUGAUUUCAACGAAUUCCUCCUGUUCCUUUUCAAGAUUGCUCAAGCUUGUUAUUAUGCUCUUGACCAGGCUGCAGGGCUACAUGAGAAAACAGCCCUGCCUAGUGAAAAGAGGAACCUGUCACAAGAUCUCAGGCAAGAAGACCAAAGGAGAUUCGAGCCCCGGGACAGACAAGCUGACGAAGAAUCUGGGCGCCUAAGCCGGCAGAAGAGACAUGAGCAGGAGGAGCGCGCUGAGGAACCCAGCAAGAGGCAGGAGAGACUGGAGCAGCGCGACAGGCAGCACCGAGACGAAGAGCAGCGACUGCAAAGGCGAGAACUACAAGAACUGGAGGAGCGCCUUGCAGAGAAAGACCCGCUAAGCUGGAGCAAAGGUCGUGACGCUGAGGAGUUUUCUGAGCAAGAAGAACAGCAAAGGAGAGAGAGGCAAGAAUUCAAGAGCCAGGGCCAGACCGAAGAGAGACGGCUGCAGAAGCGCCGGCAAGAAGAGUUACGGGAACCCCUGCUGAACCGCGAGCAGGAGCUGAGGCGAGAGCGCGAGCUGAGGCGAGAGCGCGAGCUGAGGCGAGAGCAGGAGCUGAGGCAAGAGCAGGAGCUGAGGCGAGAGCGCGAGCUGAGGCAGGGGCAGGAGCUGAGGCGAGAGCGCGAGCUGAGGCAGGAGCAGGAGCUGAGGCGUGAGCAAGAGCUGAGGCAAGAGCAGGAGCUGAGGCGAGAACAGGAGCCUAGGCAGGAGCUGAGGCGAGAGCGCGAACUGAGGCAAGAGCAGGAGCUGAGGCAGGAGCAGGAGCUGAGGCGUGAGCAAGAGCUGAGGCAAGAGCAGGAGCUGAGGCGAGAACAGGAGCCUAGGCAGGAGCUGAGGCGAGAGCGCGAACUGAGGCAAGAGCAGGAGCUGAGGCGAGAGCGCGAGCUGAGGCAGGAGCAGGAAUGGCUGGCUGAGGAGGACGAGCAGACGCGGGUCCGGGAACCCGGUGAGAGCAUCACCCAGAGGUGGCAGUGGCUGCCCGAAAGCGAGGCAGAAGCCCGUCAGAAUAAGGUCUACUCCAGGCCUCGCAGGCAGGAGCACAGGCUUCGAGAGGAGUUGGAGGAGCGACAGCUCCGGGAACAGGAGGAGCAGCGCCGCGACCUCCAACAGCAGCGCCGGGCUGAGGAGGCGCAGCAGCGUAGCCAGUGGGAGAGGCCGCAGCGGGCGGAGGAGCGCCUGGAGCAGGAGCAGCGGUUCCGCGAGAGGGAGGAGCAACGCUCUCAGAGACGCCAGGAGGAGGAGCAGCGCUUCCGGGAGGAGAAGCUGCAGAGAGCUGAGCUCCAGGACAGCCUCCUAGAGGAACGCCAGAGGCGACGCCAGGCGGAGCGCCGGGAGCCAAACAGGAGCCGGCAACUGGAGGAAGAAAGCCAGAGGCGCCACUCGCUGUACUCCAAACCCAGCCAGAGGCAGCGGAGGGAGGAAGAGCAACGUGAGGAGCGGCUGCUGCAAGAAGAGGAGCAGCAGCAGCGCCAGCAGCGCGAGAGCAAAUAUCGCCAGGAGGACCUGCAGCAGGAGGAAGAGCGGCUGCAGCGAGAAGAGCAGCUGCAGAGGGAAAGGAGGCGGCGGCAGAGGGAGAGGCAGUAUCAAGAGGAGGAUCUGCAGCAGGAGGAAGAGCGGCUGCAGCAGGAAGAGGAGCGGCUGCAGAGGGAAAGGAGGCGCCUGCAGCGAGAGAGGCAGUAUCAAGAGGAGGAUCUGCAGCAGGAGGAAGAGCGGCUGCAGCAGGAAGAGGAGAGGCUGCAGAGGGAAAGAAGGCGCCUGCAGCGGGAGAGGCAAAAUCAAGAGGAGGACCUGCAGCGGCUGCGGGAUGAAGAUCAGCGCAGGGAUCUGAAAUGGCAGUGGCAACCAAAGAAAGAAAAUGAAGUUCGUAGUAACAGGCUCUUCUCCAAACGCAGAGAGGAUGAGGAAACUAUCCAGCAGCUGGAAGAUUCUCAGGAGCGAGAGAGACGGUUCCGUCAGGAUCGGCGGCCUCUGCAAGAGGAAGAGAAGACAGAGCUGGAGCAGGAGCGGAGGCGCAGACAGCAGCGCGACCGGCAGUUCCUAGCGGAAGAACAGCUGCAACGGGAGCGCCAAAGGGAAGCCAGAAGGCAAGAUGAGAAGUUCCAGGAGGAAGAGCAGUUCCUGAGAGAAUCAAGAAGACUGCCGCAGGAGAGAAAGUUCCUUGAGGAGGAAAAGCAGCUGCGGAAGGAACGGGAAGAAGAGAAGCCACGUCGAGAACAAGAGAGAGAAUUCCAGGAGGAGGAAGAGGAGCUGCGCUUCCAGGAGCGCCACCAGCAGCGUGAGGAAGAGGAGCUGAGGCGCCAGGAGCGCGACAGGAGAUUCCGCCGGGAACAGGAACGACGGCAGGAGCGUGAGGAAGAGGAGCUGAGGCGCCGGGAGCGCGACAGGAGAUUCCCCCGGGAACAGGAACAACGGCAGGAGCGUGAGGAAGAGGAGCUGAGGCGCCAGGAGCGUGAGGAAGAGGAGCUGAGGCGCCAGGAGCGCGACAGGAGAUUCCCUCGGGAACAGGAACAGCGGCUGGAGCGCGAGGAAGAGCAGCUGCGGGACAGGAAGUUCCGCCGGGAACAGGAACAGCGGCAGGAGCGUGAGGAAGAGGAGCUGAGGCGCCAGGAACGGGACAGGAGAUUCCGCCGGGAACAGGAACGACGGCAGGAGCGCGAGGAAGAGGAGCUGAGGCGCCAGGAGCGCGACAGGAGAUUCCCUCGGGAACAGGAACAGCGGCUGGAGCGCGAGGAAGAGCAGCUGCGGGACAGGAAGUUCCGCCGGGAACAGGAACAGCGGCAGGAGCGUGAGGAAGAGGAGCUGAGGCGCCAGGAACGGGACAGGAGAUUCCGCCGGGAACAGGAACGACGGCAGGAGCGCGAGGAAGAGGAGCUGAGGCGCCAGGAGCGCGACAGGAAGUUCCACCGGGAACAGGAACGACGGCAGGAGCGCGAAGAAGAGCAGCUGCGGGACAGGCAGUUCCGCCAGGAACGAGAGCUCCGCCGGGAAGGUGCGGAAGAGCAGCGCCGUCAGGAGCGCGACAGGAGAUUUCGCCGGGAACAAGAACUUCGCGAGGAGCUCCAGGAAGAGCAGCUGCGGGACAGGAAGUUCCGCGGGGAACCAGAGCUCAGGCGGGACAGGAAAUUCCGCGAGGAAGAAGAACGCCACCAGGAACUCGAGGAAGAGGAGAGAAGGCGCCAGAAACGUGACAGAAAAUCCCGCGAAGAACAAGAUUUCCGCCCGGAACUUGAGAGAGAGCAGCUGAGAGGCCAAGAUCGAGACCGAAAAUUGAGGGUAGAGGAGCAGCUUCACCGGGAGCGGGAGGAAGAGCAGCGCCGCCGCCAGGAACGGGACAGAAGAUUCCGCAGGGAACAAGAACUCCGCGAGGAACUCGAGGAAGAGCAGAGGAGGCGCCAGGAACGGGACAGAAGAUUCCGUGAGGAAAAGGAGCGCCGCCAGGAACUCGAGAAAGACCAGCUGCAGGGCAGAAAGUUCCGCGGGGAACAAGAGCUCAGGCGCGACAGAAGAUUCCAUGAGGAAGAAGAGCUCCGCAAGGAACUAGCAGAAGAGCAGCUGGAGCGCCAGGAACGUGACAGAAGUUUCCGCCGGGAACAAGAGCUCCGCGAGGAGCGCGAGGAAGAGCAGAGGAGGCGCCAGGAACGGGACAGAAGAUUCCGCCGGGAACAAGAGCUCCGCGAGGAACUCGAGGAAGAGCAGAGGAGGCGCCAGGAACGUGACAGAAGUUUCCGCCGGGAACAAGAGCUCCGCCAGGAGCGCGAGGAAGAGCAGCGCCGCCGCCAGGAGCGCGACCGAAGAUUCCGGGAGGAACCAGAGCUCCGGAAAGAAAGAGAGGAGCAGCAGCUGCGCCGCCAAGAACGCGAGGAAGAAGAACUUCGCUUUGAGCAGCAGAGUCAACGCCGGGAGCGCGAGCAACAAUUGAGACAGGUACGCGACAGGAAAGCCCGUGAGGAAGAAGAGCUUCGUCAGGAACGGGGAGAGCUGCUGCGCCGCGAUGUGCGAGAAGAGGAGCAGCUCCUCCGGGAAAGAGAGGAACGGCAGCGUGGCCUUCAGGACCGUGACAACAGAAGAUUCCGUGGAGAACCGGAAAGAGAAGAGCAGGAGCUGCGUCGCCAAGUAGGUGAGCAACAGCUGCGCCGAGAGCGGGACAGAAAAUUCCGUGAGGUAGAAGAGCUUCGCCAGCAAGAAGAGCAGCGGCGCCGCCAGGAGCGGGACAGGAAAUUCCGGGAAGAGAAACAGCUGCGCCAAGACCGCGAAGAACAGCAGUUCCGGAGGCAGAAGCGAGAAAGUCAGUACCCAGCUGAGGAGCAGUUUGCCAGGGAUGAGAUUCGUCGUCAGGAACAACGUCAAGAAGAGGAACAAAGACGUCGCCAAGAGCGGGAGAGAAAAUUCCAAGAGGAGCAGAUCCGUAGGCAGGAGGAAGAGAGGCGCCGCCAAAUCCUGGAGCCUGGCACACGCCAGUUUGCCAACGUCCCAGUGCGUUCCAGCCCUCUCUAUGAAUACAUCCAGGAGCAGAGGUCUCAAUACCGCCCAUAAAAGAUGCUGCCAACAUCCUGGCCACCAGCCAAAGCUUCAAGCAAAAGAAAAUGAGAAACACUGUGUAUCAAGUGUAUCACGUGUUUCUGGUUGUGGGAAAACUCUCUGAUAUUAGAAUAUGUCUUUUCCUCCAGAAUCUUAAACUAUGCCUAUUUCAUUUCUUUCAAUUCCUUGCUUUCAUUCUUCCUCAGGUAGUUCUUUAUUGCAAGAUGUCUUUGUUCUUUAGUGCAGAUAUGAUGUGCACUUAAAAAAAAAGCCAUUUAAUUUUUAAAAAGAAUUUUGUUUGAGGAGCACAUUGAUUUAUUGCCUUCAUAAAUAACAAUAAUGUAGCAAUUUGGUAUUCAAAAUAAUUGGGCCACUAUUUUUAGUGGUGGAUCAUCUUGUCUAGAGCUUUCGUUUUUUAAGUUUUAAGUUGACAUUUUCUUUGGCCUAAAUUUCAUUUGUCUUUACUUCCAAAUAGUUUUCUUGGUUUUUGUUACAUAAUUGUGACAGGUUCCAUUGGCAGGCUGAAAUUUUUACAGUCCUCAAAUAAUGCAAGGGGGGAGGGAUGAUUUAUGUAGAAAAAUAACAUAAAAUCAGUUCAUAACUGGAAGAAGUAUCUGUUAAGAGAAAGACUGGGACAAAAAUUAGAAUUUGGUAUUAUAUUUUUAUACUUAGCAGCACAUAAAAUCUCAUGAAGCAAAAGCAAGGUGUUUCUCAAACAACUCAAAUUUAAAACUGCUGUAAUUUGUAGAGCUCUGUUCCAUUUCCCCAAAUUUUGUUUGGUUUGAGAAUAUUACUAUUUCUGUACAUUUUGGUUUAGAGGGAACCUAUUCAAGAUCCUGUAAACAUCUUUCUUGUUUGGGUCCAACAACAGUUCACAGAGUGAUAGAAGAAGGAAAGGGGAGAUUGUAUGAACAGAGGACAAAUUUCUAGAGAUCUCUUUGCUAGACUUAUCAGCCCACUGUCUUUCAAGGCUUUAUACUACCUUAAAGACAUUCUUGUUCAAAUAAUUGGACUGUUAAAAAAUCAAUAAAUGUUUGGCAAAUAAUUA